AAGGCAAGCAUGGAAGACAGUGUGCUGGGGCCAGUGCUGAUUGGAGUGUUUGUGUUGGUGGCCACUGUGCUGUACAUGAUCCUGAACCCUGUCACCUCUAAGAAACAAAAGUCCACUGUCAGAUUCCCCAAGACCCUGAAAGACUCCAGUGUCAAAUAUCCACUGCCACUCAUAGAGAAAGAGGAGAUUAGCCAUGACACCAAGAGGUUCCGGUUUGGCCUUCCCUCAUCCUCGCAUGUCCUUGGCCUGCCUGUCGGACAGCAUGUUUACCUUUCUGCUAAAGUCAGUGGGAACCUGGUCAUCCGUGCCUACACACCAGUGUCCAGUGAUGAAGACCAGGGCUACGUUGAUCUGGUCGUGAAGGUGUACUACAAAAAUACUCAUCCUAACUAUCCAGAUGGAGGCAAGAUGUCUCAGUAUCUGGACAACAUGAAAAUUGGAGACACCAUUGACUUCCGAGGCCCGAAUGGAUUGCUUGUGUACAAUGGAAAUGGCAAGUUUGCUAUUCGGCCUGACAAAAAAUCUGAAGCCAAUGUGCGGAAAUUUAAACACGUGGGAAUGAUUGCUGGCGGAACAGGCAUCACCCCAAUGCUGCAACUGAUUCGCUGCAUUACUGCAGAACCCACUGACACCACAAAGUGUUCCCUGAUAUUCGCCAACCAGACAGAAGAGGAUAUCUUGCUAAGGAAAGAGCUGGAAGAGGUGCUAAACAAACACCCCGACAAAUUCAGUCUAUGGUACACGCUUGACAGACCUCCACAAGGAUGGAAGUACAGCACAGGGUUUAUCAAUGCUGAUAUGAUAAAAGACCACCUCCCACCACCGGCCAGCGACGUUCUCAUAGUGAUGUGUGGCCCACGUCCAAUGAUCCAGAACGCGUGCCUGUGGAGCCUCAUUAAACUAGGCUACAAAACAGAAAACACUUUUGCCUACUAACCGUCCCAAUGGUGAUGUCAAAUUUUGAAAUGAUGUGAGAUAGUUUUGAUUUUUGUGCGAUACAUUUCAUGUUUGAUAUAGUGAAUUAAGAAAUUUAAAUUUAUUAAUGUUAUUUAGUAUGUGUGGAAAUGGACAUAUCUCAAUAACCAAGUAGCAUAGUGUGAAUGUAUAUAUGCUAAUUAUAAUGUAAAGGAUGUAUAUCUGCUGUGAUGAACUGGCAACCUGUCCAGGGUGUUUCCCUGCCUUUUGCCCAGUGAGUGCUGAGAUAGGCUCUAGCACCUCCUGUGACCCUUAUUAGGAUAAGCGACUUAGAGAAUGAAUGAAAGAAUGGAUGAAUGACUGGAUGAAUGAAAGGAUAUGUGUCUAACUGAAGACGUAUCUGAAUUAGACAUAUGAGAAUAUAAAAUGAACAAGGUCACCCAGCUGAAGAGUCAAGACUCCUCAGCCAGACAUCUCUAUGGGGACCAGAGCAAGAAUACUAAUAGCACAUAUGAACCAGACUGAUGUGAUGUGUAUACUAAGUGUGCACUUCCUCCUUUUGUUUGGAUACUUAUGAUUAAAUUGUAUAUGCACAAAAACUUUUGAUAUCCAUGUGUUUAUGUUGAAAACCAAGGUGUAUUUUGUCUGCUGUUAUAUGUUAAGUGCAUGAAUUUUAUGCUUAAUCAACUUUUCAGAGGUGGAAAUAGAGUACAAAACAUAUAAACCUGAUCUGCUU